AUGUUGAAGGCGGCAGGCCUCCUCCUGUUCUAUUUCAUCGGCGUGUCCAAGGUGCUGCAGCAGCUCGGGGUCAUCAAGCCAGGGGAGACGCGCGUCGCGGGCACCAGCGGCGGCAUAAUCGGCUGCGCCCCGGACUUUGGGAUCGUCGGCCACGACAAGUUCCUGGCGGUUGGGAAGGAGUUUGUGACGCGCUGCCGCGCGAAAAACAACUGCGCGGGGAUACUGGACUCAGAGGUCUCCAGGGUGGUGGAGCAGCUGCUGCCGCCGGACGCAGCCAACAUCGUGAGCCGCGGCGCGCGCGGCGCGCGGGGCGCCGCGGUGAAUGGCACGGCCUACAUCCUUUUUGCCAACCCCAACGAGAAGGGCGUCCCAGUCGGCAACUGGACCAACACCUACGACAGCAGGGACGACCUGGCGCAAGCUAUCCGCACCGGCGUUUAUCUGCCGAUGUGGUCCGGCCCUGCGAUGACACGCCCGUUCAGGGGCGUGAGGUCAUACGACGGCGGCUUCCGCCGCGCGCUGCCGUGCCCCCCAAACGUGACGUUCUGUGUCACCGCGUCGGUCCUGCCGCCCCUCAACUUCCGGGAGCUGCUUGACAGCCUGAACGAGCCCUACACCAACCGCGUCUUGAGGCGCGCGCUGAGCUCCACGCUGGGGGCGCACCCCAUGGCGUUCAUCCAGAACGUGAUGCUCAAGAACAAGGUCACAAGUUACAAAGUUGACGAGGUGGUCCUGGGGACCGUGGCCUACCUCUCAGCAGUCAACCCUGGGCCUGAUGUUCACAUUUACCCAGGAAAGUACAACAAGAACCCCUACAGCAUCUGGGAGUGGCUCCUGAUGAUGAUCAUCCCCCCAACCCCGGACGAGAUCGACAUCAUCGUCAAGAUGGGGGCGGACGACGCCACCAGCUGGGCACGCGAGCAGGGGCUGCUGCCGCCCACUGGCAGCCGGCGGUGA